CCACUCAAUUGCAGCCAUGGCUACCUACCCCAAAACUCAAUUUGACCCUUCUAAAUCUCACCAACUCUUCCCUUGUAUAUAACUCAUGUUCUUGACCUCUCACAAACACAAACACAAACACAAACACAAACACACCAACCUCGGGUAGUGGUAAAGAAAGAGAGAACAAUGGCACUUUCAAACUCCUCCACUCUGUCUUCCAAAUCGCUGAUUCAAACCUACCUUUCUCCCCACCAAUCUCACCAACCAAGUUUCUCUCUCCUUCCAGCCAACAACUCCUACCGGAAACCAAAACCCAUCUCCGCCGUACACGCUGCAGAGCCUGCCAAGAGCGUUACGAAAACCCCAUCUCCGCCUGCGCCGACACGAUGGAGCAUUGACAGUUGGAAAUCUAAGAAAGCUUUACAGCUUCCGGAAUACCCUAAUGAAGCCAGUCUCGCCGCUGUUCUUAAAACCCUUGAAGACUUUCCUCCGAUCGUGUUCGCCGGGGAGGCCAGACACUUGGAGGAGCGCCUUGCCGAUGCCGCCGUGGGGAAGGCGUUCUUGUUGCAAGGAGGUGAUUGCGCCGAGAGUUUCAAAGAGUUCAGUGCUAAUAAUAUUCGUGAUACUUUCAGAUUGCUUCUGCAGAUGAGUGUCGUUCUGAUGUUUGGUGGACAGAUGCCAAUAAUUAAGGUUGGAAGAAUGGCUGGUCAGUUUGCAAAGCCAAGAUCAGAUGCAUAUGAGGAGAAAGAUGGGGUAAAGCUUCCAAGUUACAAAGGGGACAACAUCAAUGCUACUCUUAAUCUUCUUAGGGCAUUUGCCACUGGAGGUUAUGCUGCAAUGCAAAGAGUCACUCAGUGGAAUCUUGAUUUUGUUGCAAAUAGUGAACAGGGUGACAGGUAUCAGGAGCUUGCACACCGUGUGGAUGAGGCCUUGGGAUUUAUGUCUGCUGCUGGUUUGACCAUUGACCACCCUAUCAUGGCAACAACCGAUUUUUGGACAUCUCAUGAAUGUUUGCUUUUGCCUUAUGAACAAUCGCUGACUAGGCUUGAUACUACUUCUGGCCUUUACUAUGAUUGCUCGGCCCAUAUGGUUUGGGUUGGGGAACGUACCCGCCAGCUGGACGGGGCCCACGUUGAGUUCCUACGUGGCGUUGCUAAUCCACUUGGCAUUAAGGUGAGUCAAAAGAUGGAUCCAAAUGAGCUAGUUAAGCUUGUUGACAUACUAAACCCUAAUAACAAACCAGGAAGAAUUACAGUUAUUGUAAGAAUGGGAGCUGAAAACAUGAGAGUGAAGCUUUCACCAUUGAUAAAAGCAGUGAGACAAGCUGGACAAGUUGUGACUUGGGUUUGUGAUCCAAUGCAUGGAAACACCAUAAAAGCUCCAUCUGGCCUUAAAACACGCCCCUUUGAUUCCAUUUUGGCGGAAGUGAGAGCUUUCUUUGAUGUUCAUGAGCAAGAAGGGAGCCAUCCAGGUGGCAUUCAUUUGGAGAUGACAGGUCAGAAUGUGACAGAGUGUGUUGGUGGGUCCCGCACAGUGACAUUUGAUGAUUUAAGCUCAAGAUACCACACACAUUGUGACCCAAGGCUAAAUGCUUCUCAAUCCCUUGAGUUAUCUUUCAUCAUUGCAGAAAGGCUAAGGAAGAGAAGAAUGGGAUCCCAAAACUCUCUUUCUUUGAAGUUUUAAAAAAUUUUGUGUUUGUUUGUUCAAGUUUGUGGGGUUUUUAUGUUGACAUGUAGUUAAAUUUUGGAAACAAUAAUAAAUUAUG